AUGUCGAGCAGCGAGUCCACGCACCCAGAUCCCAGCGUGGUGCCGCAAAAUCCUCCCGUUCCCGAAACCGACAAGUCGACGGGAGGCAUCGAGCCCAUCAAAGUCGAGGAGACGCCAGCGUUGGCCAAACUGCCCAAAGAUGUCGCCACGACGCUCUCCAAGACCGACGAGAUCAUCGUGCGCAUUAGCAAAUUGAUCAAAACCUCUGCCGGGCUGGGGGCCGCUCUCUCGACCCUCAACUACGCCAUCUACCUCGCCGCGUACCUGCACUCCAAAGCACCUACUCGCGCCGCAGUCAUCACAUACAUCUCGCGCCUGAUCGGGCGUACGCCUUCGAAGCUGCCGGCCGGGGCACUAGCUCCAGUGGCCUCGACGUCGUUCCUGACGCCGCUCGGCUCUCUGGUCUCGGACACCCGCACCACGCUGCGCUUGACGGGGUUGAUCCCGCUAUAUAUCUGGCUCAAGACACUGCUGUCCAAGAAGUCCGCGGCCGAGAUGGACCCUGGGCUGCGCCGGGUCGCCCUGCUGCAAUGCGCCGGUUACAUCGGCUACCAGGCGAUGGAAAACAUCUACCAUCUCGUGGGCAAGGGUGUGGUGCCCGCCGACGUUGUUGCCAAACGCGGCGGCAUCAACAAAUGGGUCGCCUGGAGCUGUCGUGCAUGGCUGGUUGGCGUGGCCGCCGACUUCUUGCGGCUGUGGCGCGAGGCGCAGCUCGACCAGCCCAAACGCUUGACCAAGUCGGUUCGAGAAAGGGAGGAGUAUGACCGCAAGUGGUGGAAUGAGUUCCGGGUUGCUGCGUAUUGGUUGCCCUUGGCCAUCCAUUACAGCUUGUACCCGGGCGGCAUCAAGGGCAUGAAUAACGGAUUGGUAGGCGUCCUUGGGGUGUUGGCCGGUCUGAACAAUUUCAGAUCUCAAUGGGCAGCCACUGCAUGA